AUGUUCCGCCCUCCCGUGAGCCGCGGUAUGCGCGUCCUCGACCGCUCGUUCUUUAAAAAGAGUGUGCCGAUCUCAGCUGCGACGGUUUUCGAGAAUAAAAACAUCAUGUCGGUGCGCAAGACGCUUACGUCUAGCAAGGAUGUCUUAGACCUGCCCAGGUACGAUGUGUGCCAGUUUCCCACGGCGGAAACGCUGGUGGUGGGCAAAGAGGGCCAGACUCUGGAGAUGAAUAGGUUGGAGCUGCGGAAAAAGAAAUGUCUUGUUUUGCGGCCGGAGAUUAAACAUGAUGACGCGACUACGUGGUCUCCGAUUAUAAAUAAAUUGGUGGAAGAGGGCACCGUCGGGCUGGGUCCGUAUACAGUUGAAUUGGACUAUUCAUACUGGAAUUUUGCAGACAUUAUUGCUGCGAUUCUUCCAGAGGAGGAAGUCAGCACUGGAGAAGCGCCGGAGGCGUUCACAUUGACGGGACACGUGUUGCAUUUGAACCUACGAGAACGAUGGCACCCCUGGAAGUUCAUUAUAGCUCAUAUCCUCAAGGACAAGAACACAAACGUCCGCACAGUGAUCAAUAAAAUCGAACGCGUCGGUAGCGAAAGCGAAUUCCGCACGUUCCCCUUUGAAAUCCUCGCUGGUGGAUCCGACAUGAAUGUCACCGUUCACGAGCAAGGGUGUGAAUUUCAAUUCGACUUUUCUCGCGUUUACUGGAAUAGCCGACUAGAGACCGAGCACCGUCGACUUGUCGAGAAGUUUCAAGAAGGCGAAUUGGUAUGCGACGUCAUGGCUGGUGUCGGCCCAUUUGCCGUUCCUGCAGGAAAGAGGAAAAUCUUUGUGUGGGCCAACGAUCUAAACCCGCAUGGUUUCGAGGCUAUGGAGAAAGCAAUCCAGAAGAAUAAAGUGCAUCAAUUCGUCAGCGCCUUCAACAUGGAUGGCCGGCAAUUUAUACGCGCCUCGGCGGGCAUGAUGACGGCUCCUCCAAAGAAGGCCUCCAUCAAACCCAAGGUCUCCAGAACCCAGACUAAAGAAGGCGUGCGUGUGCCUCCGCAAGUAUACGUGCGACCACCAACCGUGGACCACUUCGUCAUGAACCUUCCUGCCACCGCGAUUGAAUUCCUGGAUGCCUUUGUGGGAGUCUAUGCCGGCAAGGAAAAACUCUUUGCGCCUCACACCGACCGAAAACUACCAUUUAUCCAUGUGUACUGCUUCUCGGGCAACUCGGACGACGUGCGAGUCGACCAUGAUGAUGUCUGCGAGCGUAUUUCCAAGGUCAUGGGCUUUACGCUGACUCCGGACGAUACGGUCGGUGGAUCUGGGAAUCCCGAGCGGGAGCUGGAGAUAUUUAAUGUCAGGCUGGUCAGUCCUGCAAAGCAGAUGUUCUGCGCGAGCUUCCGUCUCCCACAAGAGGUGGCGUUUGCGAGGACGUAG